CGAGGCCGAAACAAUAGCGCAAGUGCCUUGCUGCUAUUCUCCUCUUCGCUUGUCCUACGGACCGCGAAAAGUUCGCCCGCCUUAAUCUGCGCGAGAUGAACUAGCGCAGAUCAAACCUGCUCUCCGUGGUGGCGGCGAGGGCGGCGGCGACUGGGCGGGAUUCCAGACGGGAUAUCAUUAACACGAACAACGCGCUAUUUAAGCCCAGUGACUUAAUGUUCAGUUGUGGCUACCUAAUCAAUUUCCACGCGGGCAAUCAGAGGUCUUUUUAUUGGACUUUAUCAUCUAUCAGUUCCACACAACCUGGUCAAUGGCAAAAGGGACUGUGGGGAUUAUAGUCCAGAGCAGAAGACAAGGUCGCCUCCGCCACGUUAGGGUUAUUUUCUCCGGUGGCUUGCCAGAACCGUGAGCAAACAGAUGCUUUGCCAAGUUCUUUGAAUUCUGUCCAAAGGUUGCCUCCUCUCCGUUUCUGCAUACUAAUCUCUUAAACUUGCUCAGCACUAACGCGCGUUGGGUGUGUACAUAUAAAAGCACUCGCUCCGUGCUGCCAUGCUUUUUAUCGCAACCUACAGGAUUCCCUCCGUGCUCUGAUUGUGGGCUAAAGACAAACCGGCUGCUGCUUCUCAAUUCAGGUUUGGCGCAGCAUUUCCAAGAAGGAGCGCGGGGGCACCAGCAGCAGUUUUCGGAAAACAGCAUCCCCACAUCUGUGGUUGCAGUUAAAGAAGAGGUGGGGCUUCGGCGGGAUAGCCGGGCAAAAAAGCCACGCUCUUGUCGGAUUGGCUGUCUUUGGGUGUGAUGUCACGUCCGGCGAGGAAACCUUGUCUUGUUGUGGAUCCGCCUCUUUCUGGUUUUGGCUGCGUUUGCAGGUGGUGCUGCUGGUGCCGCUGCUGUUUCGUGCCGCCGCCACCGUCCGCGGGUGCAGCGGAGUCAUCCAGGCGCGCGCGCGUGUGACUCACUCCUGCCUGGGACAGCUGCGCUUAGUCCGGCCGGGGAAGAGCGCCUGGUGCCGCUUUUUUCUUCUCCUUCGUCGUUUUCCGCGCUCAACCCCCCCCCCGACUUGUAACCAUUUCCCGGUCUUAUUAGCAUCAUUUGGGUUCUCCACACUCGGCAAGAUCUGAAAAAUGAAACGUCUCCUUUAACUGUGCUUAAGAAAAACAAAACCAAAGGAUUUUUUUAAAAAGAAAAUCACACAUUGUGUACAAAAGCUGUGUUUGUUUUUUCUAUGCAACCUUCUCUCUCUCCUUUUGUUUUUGGAGGCGAUCCCGGGAGCCGGCACGCGAAUUUCCUUCGCCGGGAUCUGCUUUUUGAGAGUGGUCGUUGAGCAUUAUUAUCUCGAAGUUCAGCCUCUUCCCACCUUUCACCUCUUUGCUUUCGAAGUGCGUCCCUUGGCCGCGUCUUCCCUGUCUGGAAGUGGCCUGACCCCCGCCGCUGACUUGGCCACCUUGCGCGCUGUGAUUGUAUUGUUCGCCGCCUCCCCCUGAAGGGUUUUGCUUGUUGCCAGCGGGGAGAAAAAGGCAGGCAUCCGAAGGGAGGGAUGCCCAGCGGAAGGAGGGGUUGAGCGAUCACCUCCCCGCCACCAGCCAGAGCUCUUGAAAAGGAGGACCAAACGGCACGCGGAGACCGGCGGGACCCUGCUCCCUUUUUUCCCUCCCCCCCGCGGCGGCUGCAGGUUCCUUGUAAACGAGGGAUUGGGGCACGCGGCAGGAUGCGUUUCUUCCCGGAGGGAUUUUGGCUACUGUGUGUCGCCGCGACCUGUUCGGCCAGGAGUGAAGGUGGCAACAAGGCGAGGAGCUGCUCUGAGCUCCGGCAACUCUAUGGAGCGAAAGGUUUCAGCCCGAACGUGGUUCCCCAGGCGGAGAUCUCCGGAGAACAUUUGAGAAUUUGCCCACAAGGUUAUACUUGCUGUACUAGUGAAAUGGAGGAGAACUUUGCCAACAAGAGCAGGAGUGAAUUUGAAGGCAUGUUGAAGGAGGCCACACGAUCAGUACAAAUAAUCUUCACAGCCCAGUACAAGAACUUUGAUGGUUACUUCCAGGAUUUGUUAAACAAGUCAGAGAAAGCACUUUAUGACACAUUUCCUGGUAUGUAUGGAGACCUUUAUCUCCAGAACAUAAAGCUUUUCAAAGACUUGUAUAGUGAGCUGCGGCAUUAUUAUCGAGGCCCCAACAUCAACUUAGAAGAAGCCCUCAAUGAAUUUUGGACUCGCCUGCUAGAGCGGCUCUUCAAGUUGAUGAAUCCCCAGUACCAGCUUCCGGACGAAUAUAUGGACUGCAUAGUGAAGCACUCGGAGCAGCAUAAGCCAUUUGGAGAGGUUCCAAGGGACCUGAAGCUCAAGGCAACAAGGGCCUUUAUUGCGGCCCGUUCCUUUGUGCAGGGACUUGGUGUGGGCAGCGAUGUUGUCAGAAAGGUCUCUCAGGUCCCUCUGAGCCAGUAUUGCAAUCGCGCUAUUAUGAAGUUGAUGUAUUGUGCACACUGCCGGGGCAUGUCAAACAUUAAGCCAUGUAAUAGCUAUUGCCGUAAUGUCUUGAAGGGUUGCCUGGGCAAUCAUGCUGACCUGGACACUGAAUGGAAGAAUAUGAUUGAUUCAUUACUGUUGGUGGCUGAUCGUUUUGAUGGACCAUCUAAUGUAGACAUUGUAAUAGGUACAAUUCAUGCUAGGAUUGCUGAAGCCAUUUCAAACUUGCAAGAAAACAAAGAAUCUAUAACAGCCAAGAUUUUUCAAGGUUGUGGAAAUCCCAAACUCAGUGCAAAAGCUGCCAAUGUUGAAGAUAAGAAGAGACGUGGAAAAUAUGUCCUUGAAGAUAAAUCUUCUGGGCUUAGUUCAGAUAAAUUUGUUUCAGAUGCCAAAGGGAAGCUGAGGGAAGUAAGAGACUUCUGGGCUCUUUUGCCAACGACACUUUGCAAUGAAAAAAUAUCAUCUGGUUCUGUAAAUGAGGAUAGAUGCUGGAACGGAAUGACCAAAGGCAGAUACCUUCCAGAUGUGAUGGGAGAUGGUCUAGCUAAUCAGAUCAAUAACCCAGAGGUUGAGGUCGACAUCACCAAACCAGACAUGACUAUUCGCCAGCAAAUCAUGCAGUUGAAGAUUAUGACAAAUCGAUUGCGCAAUGCAUACAAUGGAAAUGAUGUGGAUUUCCAGGAUACAAGUGAUGACAACAGUGGUUCUGGAAGUGGUGAUACCUGCCUGGAUGAAGUCUGUGGCAAAAGACUGCCCAAGAAUUCUAGCACCCGGCCACCAGAAAUACAUCCUAUGCCUAAACAGUCAGGACAAGGCGUUGGUGGAAAUAACAGCAAUGUACUUUUGCCUUCAUACUUCCUUUUAUUACUUUCUUUGGCUGCUAUAGCAGCCCAGUACCUGUGGCGGUAACUUGUUUGAGCAGCUGCAAAAGAAACUGUAGUGGCUAAGUCUUAACUUUGCCAAAAUGGUGGACAUAUUUAAUUCAACUUGAUUCAACUUGGCAAAAUGAGAGAGAGAGACAAAAAUUCUUUAUGGUUUGUGAUAAUCUGGCAGUGCUAGAGUUGGUUAUUUUUCCUUUUCUUCCUUCUUUUCUUUCAAAUAUUGGGCCUUUCCUUCUGUCCUCCAUUUAAACAAGCCUUUAAUUUGCCAAAAAGAGAUACCUAGGGGCUAUGACAGGUAGGUUUAAUGAACAGAAGAAAUAACCCCCCAAGGCAACACCAUUUUCAUUGAUUGGAAUAAAAUAUGCAAUAUCUCAUAUUUUUAUUUAACUGUGGCCAAGAGUGCAUUAUAUUUGAUUCAAAACAAUACAUCUCUUUAAUUUAUACAUUUUCAGACUGCUCUAAAAGGGUUUUAGCUCAGCUCAUAAUUUUCUAUUCACCAAAGGGAAAAGAAUCUUUCCUUUGCAUGGAUGUAAGAGUAUUAUUUUGUAUGAUUUCAGUUAACAAAGGAAUUCUUUAUCCCAGAGUUUGGAAUGAAGAUCCUUAAGUUUUUUUUUCUAAAAGUAAUCAUUGUACCCACUAAUAUUAUUCCCACAUCCAUGGGAAUAGCAGUAAAAGAUUAGUGUAUUGCAGGAUCCUGUGAAAAUAGCUUUCAAACAAUAAUAAUGUGGAACAGUGUACACAACAUUGUGGUAUAAAGAAAGACAUGGGAGGAUGUCAUUCUAGAAUGAGCUAGAGCAAUGGUUCUCAACCUGUGGGUCGGGACCCCAUUUGGGGUCGAACGACCAUUUCACGGGGGUCACCAAACAACACAGUCCGCUAUUUUUUUCCCCCUUUUCCUUAACUGUGCUACUUCCU